AUGGUUCAGCACCUCUACAGUGACAAUGGAACAAACUUUGUGGGUGCGGACAAUCCCCCAAGCUCGCGUCACAACGGACAACGUGGCACUUCAACCCUCCGCAGUCGCCCAAUUUCGGCGGAGGAGGCUAACGUGAAGUCGGUGAAACAUCACCUGAAAAGGAUCAUUGCGGAUCGACGGCUCAUCUAUGGGGAGUUGACUACGGUACUUAUAAGCAAAGAAGCAUGUCUCAACUCGCGUCCGCUUUGUCCUCUCACAGCGGACGCAGACGACCUAGAGGUGCUCACGCCGGCUUAUUUCUUGAUUGGGGACUCGCUGCAUGCUCCUCCUGAGUUUCGCCCACAAUCUAGGUCCUUCGCGGAGCAGUUCCUGAUCCAGAAGGCUAUGGUACGUCAUUUCUGUAAAACUUGGAGUCGAGCUACACCCGGGGACGGAUGCGUUGGUUCGAGUUGUCAUGCUUAA